AUGAACAUUGUGAUACUCUUCGUCAAGUUAUUUAGACGUAAACCCGAAAAAGUGUACAAAUGGGAGGCCAUGCUGGAAGAUGCCGAGGUCGGACCCGAAAACUACCCAAUGGUUCUUGUCCAAAUACCAAUGUACAACGAAAAAGAGGUCUUUCAAUUAUCUAUAGCAGCAGUGUGCAGUUUGGUAUGGCCAUCGAGCCGUCUAGUCGUUCAAGUCGUCGAUGAUUCUACGGAUCCGGUCGUCAGGGAAGGUGUGGAUAUAGAGAUUGCAAAAUGGCAAAGCCAAGGCAUAAACAUAAGGUGUGAAAGGAGAGAUAACAGAAAUGGCUACAAAGCCGGAGCUAUGAAAGAAGCUCUUACGCAUAGCUACGUAAAGCAGUGCGACUUUGUGGCCGUCUUUGAUGCCGAUUUCCAACCCGAGCCCGAUUACCUCACCCGUGCCGUUCCCUUCCUCGUCCACAACCCUGAGGUUGCUCUCGUUCAAGCCCGGUGGAUAUUUGUGAACGCAAAUGAAUGCAUGAUGACGAGAAUGCAAGAGAUGUCCCUCAACUACCAUUUCAAGGUGGAACAAGAAUCAGGGUCUACUAGACAUGCUUUCUUUGGGUUUAACGGAACUGCGGGUGUGUGGAGAAUAUCGGCAGUGGAAGAAGCUGGAGGAUGGAAAUCAAGAACCACUGUAGAGGACAUGGACUUGGCUGUUCGUGUUGGUCUUCAUGGCUGGAAAUUUGUCUUCAUUAAGGACCUCACGGUUAGAAACGAGCUUCCAAGCAAAUUCAAGGCCUACAGAUUCCAACAACAUAGGUGGUCUUGUGGUCCGGCGAAUCUAUUCAGAAAAAUGACAAUGGAGAUCAUUUACAACAAGAGAGUAUCAAUAUGGAAGAAGUUUUAUGUGAUCUACAGCUUUUUCUUCGUAAGGAAAGUGGCAGUACACUUCUUGACGUUUUUCUUCUACUGUAUAAUUGUGCCAACAAGUGUCUUCUUCCCUGAAAUCCACAUUCCGUCUUGGUCUACCAUUUACAUUCCCUCUUUGAUCACCAUCUUCCACACCAUGGCAACUCCAAGAUCCUUCUACCUCGUGAUAUUCUGGGUCCUGUUUGAGAAUGUAAUGGCUAUGCAUCGAACCAAAGGAACUUGCAUUGGCCUACUUGAAGGAGGAAGAGUGAACGAAUGGGUUGUGACCGAGAAGUUAGGAGAUGCUUUAAAGAAUAAGUUACUCUCUCGGGUCGUCAAACGGAAAUCUUGUUAUGAAAGGUGA